CUGUGCCCCGGGGCUCCGGUUUCCAGCCCCGCUCCCCGGGCCCGCGGGCCAUGGAGCUCCGAGCAGCGGAUCGAGAGCAGCCGGCGAGUCCCAACCUGCCCGCCCGGUGCCUGGCUCCCACCCCUUCCCAGCCCUGGAGACAGCAGCCCCCCUGUUGCUGAGCGGCAGCCACAGCAUGAAGGCUCGGGGUCGGCUCCUGCUCAUCGUCCUGUGUUCCAUGGGCUUCUCUGCUGCCUAUGUCCUGCUGUGCUGCUGGGCCUGCCUGCCCUUCUGCCUGGCCUCCUGCCUGGGCUCCCACCUCUCCACCAGCUCCAGGCCCACCGUGCCAGGGACCCUGCAUUUCAGUGGAUAUAGCAGAGUGCCAGAUGGGAAGCCCCUGGUCCGAGGGCCUUGCCGAAGCUGUGCUGUGGUGUCCAGCUCCGGCCAGAUGCUGGGCUCAGGCUUGGGCACCCAGAUCGACGAUGCUGAGUGCGUGCUGCGCAUGAACCAGGCGCCCACUGUGGGCUUCGAGGCGGACGUGGGCCAGCGCAGCACCCUGCGGGUGAUCUCACACACGACUGUGCCGCUGCUGCUGCACAACUACUCGCACUAUUUCCAGCAGGCCCGUGACACGCUCUACGUGGUGUGGGGCCAGGGGAAGAGCAUGGACCGGGCGCUGGGCGGCCGCACCUACCGCACGCUGCUGCAGCUCACCCAGAUGUACCCGGGCCUGCAGGUGUACACCUUCACUGAGCGCAUGAUGGCCUACUGCGACCAGGUCUUCCAGGACGAGACGGGCAAGAACCGGCGGCAGUCGGGCUCCUUUCUCAGCACUGGCUGGUUCACCAUGAUCCUUGCCCUGGAGCUAUGUGAGGAGAUCGUGGUCUAUGGAAUGGUCAGCGACAGCUACUGCAGGGAGAAGAGCCACCCCUCAGUGCCUUACCACUACUUUGAGAAGGGUCGGCUGGACGAGUGUCAGAUGUACCUGGCACACGAGCGGGCGCCCCACAGUGCCCACCGCUUCAUCACUGAGAAGGCUGUGUUCUCCCGCUGGGCCAAGAAGCGGGCCAUCGUGUUUGCCCACCCAUCCUGGAGGACCCAGUAGCCCACUGCCCGGCCGGCUGCAGUGCCUCCGCCAGGCCUUCGUGCCGUUCACACUCCACUAGAAACAUUUCACGUAUGGAUCCCGCCUUUGCCACAUGCCGGUGGACCUAGGAUGCCUGCUUCCUUCCAUCUCGGGCCUCCAGACUUGAAGGGGAGAAGGGGGACCAUGGUGACCUUUGUACCCUCCCCACCCCUACUCCCUGAGUAAUCUGAAUCUUAAUUUGGGGGUUCAUCUCACCUUGGGGUCUGUUCAGUGGCCUUUGCCCCCAGGGCUAAUGGUCCCCACUCACCAGCUUUGUGACUCUCGACCUUGUACCAGCAAUAGUCCUUCCUCUACACUCUCCCUCCACCCACCUUCGGUGCCACACUUCCCAGGCUGGUUGCCCUGGCCAGGGCAGCCCAGAUCUUGGGAUUCAUUGGGCGAAGGGGCCUUUGAACUGUGACUUGCCAGGGCCACCUCGAGUGUACGGGUAAACGUGUGUUUUCUGGAACGCUGUGUGCUAUGUGGGUAUGUGUCUGGGGGUUAGAACUGGGGCUCCUCGUCCUGCCACAGUCCCAUAACCUCAAGAUUUGAGGGCAGGCCAAGUGCUGGGGCCCCCUCCCCAAACCUGUCCGGCUGGGCUUCUGGCCAUUUAGUCUGCCUGCAUGUUUCUUCCCCACCAGGUCCGAGAGUCUGGCCCCGUGGCUUCCACAGGACUCCUGCCCUGCACCCAGUGGGCGGUGGGAGGAGAGUUGGGCCUGGAAGGAAAGGACUCAGGGUGGGAAGGAAAUUCCCCUACCCCUCCUCAAGUCCCUGGUCCAGGGUCAAAUUCCACGGACCUUGCCAGUUGAAUUCCCUGUUCACUCUGGAGCUGGUUACACUGCGAGAAAGGAAGGCGGGAGGAGGGGCAGGCCUUGGCUUGCCUUCUCUGAGCCUCAGUUUCCUCACCCGGGAAGUGGGAAAAGCUGGCCCACCAGCGAAGUUUGCAAGCACGGGCAGCCGCCCUCGGAGGGGCUCCCGGUAGCCCACUUUACAGAUGAGGUAAAGCCACGAGGCUGAGCCAGGGUGGAGUCCCAGGUCUGAUCUGAGCCUGACUGACUGGGCCCUGAACCGAGGUUGGAAAGAGCCCACAGGGCCUCACCAUCCCUUCCUCCCCCCCACCUUCCUUCAUCUGGAGACCAGGAGACUGGCUAAUGAAGGACCUGGUUCCCAGGCUCUCAGCGGGGGGGAGCCCCGGGGUUCCAGCUUCAGCCCCAGGAAUCUGCCAUUUCAUGGGUGUGCGACCUGUGCAUUUGCCCCAGGGCCCUAGGCUCGCUUAGCUUAAUGUUCAGCUGAUACUGACGUGA